UUCAAAUGUGCAGAAUAGAAGGGUUCUCCAGGGCCAGGGUUGAGAACCCAUGCUCUACUGUAGCAUAUCAGUCAGUCGGCUGUGCGCAAGAUUUGGUCAGUAUGCCACAACACUUUCUCCCUCUAAGAGCGCAGCUGGAUACUGCUUGUUUAGCGGUGCGUCAGUGAGAUCUGAACUGUAGGGACAAGAAGCAGAAGUAUGAUGUUUGAUCACUGAUGAGAACAGCUCGCGCUUACAGGUUGCUGAGUGCGUGAGGCACACGCGCGGCGCCGCACUCACGUCACUCUCCGUCGUCAUCCUCCGCUCAGCGCGAGCGAAGCUCACAGCCUGGCACAGAGCGCGUGCUCGACUACGCGGAGUGCAAUGGCUCUGCGCUCACACCCGCACUCCAGCCUGAUGUGUCGACACGGGCAAACACCGAGCCGAGAUCCGAGAGGAAUGAAUACGCCCGCAAUCUUCUGCCUCAGCGUUGUGGACCUGUAAAUGCUCUCAGGCCAACCUUUAACCACCAUGCUCUAUUUUCAGCUGGUGAUCAUGGCGGGGACGGUGAUGCUGGCCUACUACUUCGAGUACACGGACACGUUCAACGUGCAUGUGCAGGGCUUUUUCUGCUACGACAACGCGUACACGAAGCCGUACCUGGGACCGGAAGAGGCGAGCGCCAUCCCGCCCGCGCUGCUCUACGCCGUGGUGUCCGGUGUGCCCACACUCGUGAUAACAGUUACAGAAGCUGUGCUGUUCCUGAUGCAAUAUACAUCAAAAGAUCUGGAUAGUCGAAAGAAGACUAUUGCGACUGGGGACUGUUGUUACCUCAACCCUCUGGUACGCAGGACUUGCCGUUUUUUGGGUGUAUACAUGUUUGGCCUCUUCACUACUGACAUCUUUGUGAACGCGGGUCAGGUGGUGACGGGGAACCUGGCCCCCCACUUUCUGACUUUGUGUAAACCCAACUACACGGCACUGGGCUGCCAGCAGGCCCUACGCUACAUCAGCCACCAGGAGGCUUGCACUGGCAAUGUGGAGGACAUCCUGCGUGCCCGCAAAACCUUUCCCUCCAAAGAGGCGGCGCUCAGCGUUUACGCCGCGCUCUAUCUGGCUAUGUACAUCACUUGCUCUGUGAAAGCCAAAGGGACCAGGUUGGCCAAGCCAGUCAUGUCUCUGGGGCUGAUGUGCCUGGCCUUCCUGACCGGUAUUAACAGGGUGGCAGAGUACCGUAACCACUGGUCUGACGUAAUCGCUGGCUUUAUCAUCGGGGUGGCCAUUGCCACCUUUCUGGUUGUGUGUGUGGUCCAUAAUUUCAAAGGAAGCCAGAUGUUAAGCGAAGACCCCCGGCAGGAGGACACGAUGGGCUCGCCCAGGGUGGAGAGUCCCCUGGAAAAAUACAUCGCCUCCCAGAUGGCUGAGCUAAGAGCGGAAGAGGAGGCGUUGACACCUCGCUCUCUGAAAGAGCGCCUACUGAGUUUCUUUGACUGGAUCGCAGGCAAAAGAAGCCGCUUCAACCACCUGCAGAGCACAAGGCAAUAAUAAACGUAGGAGCACCUGUGUGAGCGGCGUGUGCCAAGCCUCUGGAAUACACCUCAAUGAUAUUAAAUCCCUGUUAAAACCGGAUCACAUGCCUUUAGCAUGAAUAACCCAAUGACCUGUUUAUAAUCAGGCUGUAUCCAGAGUGUUUGGCUCUGCUAGCUGAUUCAUCCUGUCCUAUCUAGGUUGUUUUUCACUGUCCUCCUUUCAUUUGAAGCAGACACAAUGGCAUUAAUUGUCUGCCUUGAACUUGGAUUAUAACAUCGCUGUUCUUUUAAAUGAGUGUGCCUACAAACCUGAGUCAAUUGGUCUAAUCUUUUUGAGAGUACCAUUUGAUUCAAAGGUCUGGUCAGCUAAUAGAGGUUGAUUGUCCACAAGACAUAUUUAAAUGUUUUUUUGUGCAGUGUGUCUUGAGCACAAGAAUGGUUUGUCUCUUAAUGGGCAAAUCUGGUAAUAAAUCUUUGUUUCCACAGUAACUUUAUUAGAACCUUUUAUUCACCCUGCCAAGGCCAAGGAGAAGUUGAUAUAAUACAUUUCAAAAUAUCCAAUUGUCCCAGACUGCUUAGUCUGAAUUUAACUCCCCAGGCUCAGCUGUCCUCCACGGCUGAUCUGAAUACUGAUUUAGCCCAAGCAUUCAACUAUCAAUUAAACCACAUGCUGCAGUCUUACCACUGAGCUCUCCCAACUACAGGCUAAUUACACCAUAAAUAUGGACCUUUUAAACAAAAUGUACAAUAGUUACAGGAAGAACAUGUGGAAGGAAACAAAUCCGUUGUUUUAAUCCCAGAUUGCUGUGUUGAUUUUUUUUGUGUGUGUUUGGUUUGCAGAUUUUGUUGUUGUUGUUGUUGAAGUGCAUGGGGUGAAUUGUGUAGAAAGAGAAUGAUACUUUGACCAAUAAAAAAUACUAAUGACCUAUUUAUUUGUUCUUUCAAGGUUCAAGAGAUGCUUAUCAGUGAUAUUUGUCUUUGGUGAUAAAGCACACAUAGAUGAAUAGCAUAUGAGGAAGGACAUUGGAGGACAGUGACGUACCCUGUUCUGCUCAACUGUUACCGAAAACAUCCCUUAGCUCAGGCUGCUGUCACAACCUAUAGUAGAGAUGAAACGAGUUCUCGUGAAGGAAAGUUAGCGAAUGGGAUUUGGAAGUGUAAACCGGUUUUGAGGAGUGUUCAUCCCACUUCUUGUCCAUCAUAUCAGCAUAAUUGACAGCAUAAUUGACAUAAUUGAGUCAUUACUGAUGUCUGCUCUUGCAAGGUGCAGACAACUGACACAGAUGAAAGUUAAAAAAUUCUUAAAGGCGCUUGCUUGAACUUUUGGCACACACAGGGAGUCAGUGUGAUGAGUGGAUCAGUCGAUUUUGCAGUUUUAGUUGAUCUCUGUUCUUGAGGUUUUUAGUACAAGACACAUUUCAAACUGGAGACAGGUCUGGCAUUUCCCAACCAUUACAUUACUGUACAUUUCCAACGACAGCAGUGGAAAAGACAAUAAUGAGUGCACACAUUAACCAUAAAAUCUAAAAACAAACAGGAAAAGAUCAUAUUUAUUUCAUAGUUGUAAUAAACCAUUUUGGUUUGAUUUUAUUUCCUGCAACAGUACUUCAUUGUCAGUGAAGUUCAUCUUCUUCGACCUUUUGAUAAGAUCAUCUGCAACAAGCGGUCUCAAAAGCAGGCUAGUCAUUAACUUUUUAAAGGGAAGUUUUUGGGGUUUUUUUUUUACCAUACAUGGAGAUUUGGAGAAAUGUACAUUUCUUUAUGCAAAUGAUUGUGGCUUUGCACGAGCAGAACAGUUUAGAAAUUGUAGGAUUUAAAUCAAUUGCAUACAGCUGUGCACAUACGCCUCAUAAAUGCCAAUUUUCUUGCGUGUAUUGGUGGUUGUUACG